UUGAUUCAUUAAGAAAGGGACCAUGCCGAAUAGUAUUCAUAUAACUAUCAUCAAUCACUUCACAUUCACACACACACACACACGCUCUUUCUUCUAAAACAACACAACUAAGUAACACAACAAAUACUUGUUUUUUUUGUGUUUUUGUUCAUGGCAAAUCGUGUGCUUCCUCGUGAAACUCACCCAGAUGCUUUUCAUGUUUCUGGUCCACGUAAUUUGACUAACCUUAAUUGGAGGGAUCUUAUCAGUUCCAGUUGGAAAGAUGCAAAGUACAAACGAACCGUCAUUUCCUGCUUUAUACAGGCAGUGUACUUGCUUGAACUCGAUAGACAGGAGAAAAGAUCACAGGACAAUGCCUUAGCUCCGAAUUGGUGGAUUCCCUUCAAGUACAAGCUCACAAAAACAUUAAUGGAUGAAAGAGACGGAUCCAUUUUUGGUGCGAUACUCGAAUGGGAUCGAUCCGCAGCAUUAGCUGACUUAGUACUAAUUAGACCAAACGGUGCCCCUAGAGCUGUGUUAGUACUCCGAGGAACAUUACUCAAAAGUCCUACGAUGCGAAGAGACAUCGAAGACGACCUGCGUUUCGUUGCUUGGGAAAGCUUGAAAGGUUCUGUCAGGUUUAAAGUAGCUUUGGAGGUACUAAAAUCAAUUUGUGAUGCAUAUGGAAGUAGUAAUGUAUGUAUUGCAGGACAUUCCUUAGGAGCUGGUUUUGUUCUACAAAUUGGAAAAGAACUAGCAAAACAAGGGAUCUAUGUGGAGGCACAUUUGUUUAAUCCACCUUCUGUUUCGCUCGCGAUGAGUCUAAAAAAUAUCGGAGAAAAGGCCGAGUAUGUAUGGAGUAGAGUUAAAUCUAUGCUUCCUUAUGGUAAGGAAGUAGCUCAAACUCAAGUUAGCAAUGAUGGAGACAAGGCCAACUUGGUCGUCGGAUCGAAGAGUUGGAUGUCUCGAUUACCGAGUUAUGGUUCAAAGGAUGGUGGUAGUGUUGGCAUGGCAAAAUGGAUUCCUCAUUUGUAUGUUAACAAUAGUGAUUACAUAUGCUGCUAUUACAAUGACCCUAAUGGAACAGCAGAGAAAGUGGUUGAUAAGGAGAAUGUGAGUGGACAAAUUGCUGCAAAAUUGUUUGUUGUGUCAAAGGAAAAACAGAAAUUUCUUGAGGCUCAUGGUUUGGAACAAUGGUGGUCAAGUGAUGCAGAACUUCAACAAGUUAUUCAUAAUAGUAAACUCAUUAGUAGACAACUUGCUUCUUUAUACACUUCUACUUCUUCCCAAGUAGUAACUCGGGUUAAGCCGGGGUAGUAAUCGGAUUGGAUUGGAUUGGAUUGGAUUUAACCUCGUAUACAUUACGAAAUCUCUCAUUUUUUGGUCUUAAUAAUGCAGCCUGUUUGGCUUGCAUCCAAACAAUGUAAUCUGUUCUUGUUUAUGCUGUCUUAUUCUUUAAAACAAGUUGCAUGAUCUUACAGAUAAUGUUUGUAAUACCAAUGAAAAAUCUUCAUUUUGUUCAGUUCACACUGUCCUCAAAGAUUAUUGAACUUUGCUUUCAAUAUAGAAAAUUCAGUGAGAACAUGUUUAUAAAAUGAGAACUAAAAAUGAACAGAGGGAGUACUUUUUA